ACGAUGCCAUCGCCAGGUCCCGUCACCUCCCACUCCCACUCCCUCUCACAGUCAUCUCGCACCGGCAAGACUGGCAUGUCGACGACUCCCGCCUCCUCGCCCCACGCCUCAUAUUCCGUCGGCCAGAACCAUCCUCCCAGGCUGUCUCCGCUGCGGCCCGACGUGCGGCCAUCGAGUCCCAGCUACUUUGGACUGGCUCCCAAUUCAUCCCACGAUCCUCGAGAUUCUUCUGGCCUGGGCAAUCACUGGAGUCCGACCUCUUCGUCAGUGAGGUCAUUCACCGCCGCUCUGCCCAGGCCUGUCAAUGAAACCUCGAAUCCCGAUUUUGAGGAAUUCAGGAGGCAGAUUGACAUCAACAGGGGGGGCAGGAUGUUUGCCCUGCCAACUUCACACUACGUCCAACCCACGUCCAACCCAGCCCCCGUACGUCCACGAGCGCCCAGGGCGCACACCUAUGCGAGCGAUACGGGCUCAGAAAGCUCCUUUCCUCGUGCCCUAAACCUAAGCCUGGGAAGAGACGGCUCAUCAAGUCGUAUGGAUGUCGACCAGGAUAGCCUUCAUGACUCUGCCUAUGUAUCGUCCGACUCGAAGCGGAAUUCUGAAGCUUCAUUAUUUCCUCUGCAGCUCCAUAGCCUCCCGAGAUUCGAGUCCCCGUUGCCGAUGGACCCCAUACAGUCUCAGACGGCCUUGGCUCUACCUGAGAACACACACACCCAAUUCACGAUGCCUGAGCCUAUAACCCAGCCUCCUUCGUUCAAUCUGACACUGACACCGAUGACGAGAGCUGCCACAAUGCCCACCAAGCUGGAAGCCGGACAGCCAUCAUUGAUUACUGCGGAAACUCUCAAGAGCUUGCUUGAGACCGAGGAGGAGGAUAGCAUCCUUCUGCUCGACAUACGGCCUUCAUCAAACUACGCCACCUCUCGAAUCAAGGGAGCUCUCAACCUGUGUGUCCCUACCAUCUUCUUGAAGCGUGCAACAUACAACACCGAAACGCUGCACCAGACUUUCCAAACCGGCCCGGCAGCGGACAAAUUUGCCACCUGGAAGGACGUAGAUAGGAUUAUUGCUUACGCUGGCUCAUCGGACUCGUAUGACAUCGUUACGGCCCAGAACACAAUUAAGAAGUUCACAAACGAGAAGUACCUCGGGGAGACUGCCAUUCUUAGAGGUGGUUUCCACGCGUUCCAGCACUCGUUCCCCCAACUGGUCGACAGCACACUGGCCACGGCUGUGAAGCCCGAAGGCAGGCCUUUCCCAGGUGCCAUGGGCAGCCUUGCUCCCGUUAUCGGCGGCGUCACGCUACCCACGUCCAAGAGUCCGUUCUUCGGCAACAUCAGACAGAACAUGGACCUAGCAGACGGCGUCGGUCAGUUGGACAUUGCUGUUCCCGACGGACUGGAGCCCAUUUCGCUCCCUCUGUGGCUUCGCGAUGCGGCGGCUCCUCACGACCACGGUGAGCGUGUGUCGAAACAAUUCUUGCAGAUUGAGCAGGAAGAGAAGACUCGUAUGCAGAAUGCCUAUGCCGCGUUCAACGAGGGAAAUCCCGCCCACAAUCCAGCCAUGAACGGCCGGGUGCAACUCUCGGGCGUUGAGAAGGGCGUCAAGAACCGUUACAAGGACAUUCUCCCCUUUGAGCACGCGCGUGUCAAGCUUCCGGACAAGCCUCAAGGCGCUUGUGACUAUAUCAAUGCCAGUCACCUCACCGCGUCGAGGAGCAACAAGAGAUAUAUUGCGAGCCAGGGCCCCCUGCCCGCCACAUUUGAGGAUUUUUGGUCGGUCAUCUGGGAGCAGGAUGUGCGCGUUAUUGUCAUGUUGACGGCCGAGUCGGAAGGGGGCCAGUUAAAAUGUCACACAUAUUGGGAAGAUUGCGAAUACGGGCCCAUCAAGUUGAAGAAGCUUUCCGAGAAGAAGGCGGCACUUGAUCUCGACAGGCAUCGACCUACCGCCACUCAAAACAGCACCGCAUCAACGGGCGAGGCCAGCCGAAGGCGAGCCAACACGACCACUUCCCUUGAGACGACUGCAGGAAACCCUCCUCCCCAUCAAGGCCAACCCGAACCGACCUUUGUCACUGUUCGCAAGUUUGCGCUUACUCACUCUGGUCACCCCUUUGUUCCCAUGAGAGAAAUCACUCAUCUCCACUUCUCUUCUUGGCCUGACUUUGGGACACCGGCGCAACCGUCUCACCUUCUUGCCUUGGUAGAGCUCGCCAAUGUUAUGCAGCGCGCGGCUCUCCCGGUCGAUUCUGCCUCGAUUGUAGGAUCCAGCAGGAUUGCCAAUGACAUUGCGCCGAUCACCUGGUACGACGAGCCCGAAGCCGACAGCGCAAGCCGGCCCAUGCUGGUCCACUGCUCCGCUGGAUGCGGCCGGACGGGAGCGUUUUGCACUGUGGACAGUGUGAUUGACAUGAUGAAGCGCCAACGACUGGCCAAAUUACCAGGCGGGCAGCCGCUUGCUCGGGAAUCGGAGGGAGACAUUCGAAUGAUGGACCCUGACGAGGCCAUUUCUCCCAUGACAAACAGGGAGAUGGGCUUCAAGUUCGACAUGGAUCUCGAGCCAAGACUUGAAGAUGGAGCCAAAGAGAACCCAUCCAUCGACCUAUCCUGGCUGGGAGAUGAGUCGAUUAAUUUGAUCCAAAAGACGGUAGAGGACUUCCGUGAGCAGAGACUCAGCAUGGUUCAGAGCCUGCGGCAGUAUGUGCUGUGCUACGAGACGGUGUUGGAAUGGGUUCACCGACUGCAUGAACGAAGCGCGGCCGCCGUUGCAGGC